AUGUCUUACAAUAUUUCAGUUUCUGAAGGGUCUUCUUCCUUCAGCCGCUAUAAAAUGGUUUCUCCGGCGACGUUGGACGAGCACUUACUCUUUGAUCUUCCUUUCUCUCCUCUCUACGAAGAUUCAUCCGAUUACAAUCUUCAAGCUUUGAUGAACCAACAAAACCCAAUCGAUGAAUCCACUUGUUCUUCAGAUCAAUUGGUUUCAUUUUCAGGGCCACCGUUAACGGACCAGCUUGAAAAUCUCAGCCUUUAUCAGACCAACCACUUUCAAUCUCUUUCAUUUGAUCCAAAUGUAGGAAACGGGUACCGGAGCUUCAGAAGCUUGAAUUUUGCAGCAGUUAAACAUGAACAAUGUCAAAUGGAUUUCGAUUCAGCUUACAGUACUGAUGUAGAAAAUGCAGCAAAUUCUUCUGAAGCAGAGUCUAACUCUUUAUUCCGACCUCUUUUUGAUUCUCUCAUAGAUUCACAGAAUUUCCCAGGGGAAGCCGCGUCCAGCUUGCCGGAGAACACCUUUUUCGCCGGACAUAUGAGGAAGGUUUCCAGCACUGGCUACUUAGUGAAUAUGAGAAACGUGAGUGGCAACCAAAGGUCAAAUCAAAGCACAUUAACAGUAGAGAAGUCGUUAAUGGAGGAAGCGCCGUUCAAAGUGGGGCGAUACAACCCAGAAGAGAGACAAGAGAGGAUUUCAAAGUACAGAGCAAAGCGUAAUCUAAGGAACUUCAACAAAACAAUUAAGUAUGCAUGCCGGAAAACACUGGCAGACAACCGUCCCCGUAUACGUGGCAGAUUCACCCGCAACGAUGAAAAUGUGGAGACCCCCAAAGCAACAUGGUUGCAUGAGGUGGAGGAUGAGAUAAUGGAAAGAGGAGCUUUUAACGACAGUUUCAGCCAGUAUCACCAUCACCAUGCUUACUUUUGA